AUGAGAAGUGAGACAAUAGACUAUAAAAAACAUGUGUACGCCAAACUACUCAAAAAAGCAGCCGAAUCAAAUGUAUACAGUAAUGUACAUUCAUUACCUAAUGAAUGGCAAAUGAUUAACAGUGAAGAGGCAAAGUCGUAUAUACCUAAUCCAAAUCCACGAAAGGUGACAUUUGGCAUUACUAAGCGAGAUACACGAACUAUAGAUCUAUUUGAGGUCAUAUCUUUAGAUGAAACGAUAAAACACAAGAGAGGAUUUAUUGUAAAUACCGGUGGAUCUAUCUGGGGACUUGAUUUUGUCCCAAAGCGACCUUCUGUAGACAGUCGGCCAUUAGUUGAAUAUCUGGCUGUGAGUGGAUAUAGAGGUGCAAAUGAAGAACACCAUAAUAUCAAUGAAAUCCAGAAAGAUUAUCAAAACUGUAUUCAAAUCUGGGAGUGUGACCGGACAGUAUCGGAAGACACUCCAACCAAGAAGCCCCGACUACGCAUGUGUAUGGUUCACAAUUUUGGAGUUUGUCAUGAUCUGAAGUGGUGUCCUUAUGGCGCAUAUGAGGAGAUACCAACCGAGAAAGGAACAUGGGCCAAAUUAGGAAUUUUGGCUAUGGCAUGUGGAGAUAAUACGGUACGGCUUCUUGUUGUACCACAUCCAAACACUUUUCGAGAACACAAAGAAACUGUCUACCUCCGAAUCCAAGACUCUCGGUACAAGUUCUCACUUCCAAGGGUCUAUUGUAAAACUAUUUCAUGGGGGGGACAUUCAUUAUUGGCAUGCGGAUAUACUUCUGGAGGAAUUGUACUACAAAAUGUCAAAAUGGCUCUGUCUGCGGAUGAUUUACCUGAUCAAAAAGAUACGAUUAUUCACCACAUUAUACAUCAUGAAGAUAGUGUAGAAUCUAUUGCUUGGCUUGGUAGUCUGGAAAGUCAGUAUUUUGUGUCCACUGGAAGAAGUGGCAUACUUUUAGCUCACGAUCUUCAAGAUAUCCGCACAAGAAUAGAAGUAAAUCGAGUGGCAGGAACUCGCCACGCUGUGACAUGGACAGGUGAUAAUCUAAUCAGUAUAAUAAAUUCUGAAAACAACGUUCAUGGUAUUUCUGCAUGUAAUGGGUCUUGUUUUCAGUUCGUGAAGCAUGGUAAAUAUACCAGUCAUUUUGGACUGGUAUGGACCAUUGCUGCAAGUGAACAUCAUGGAAUCAUUGUAUCAGGGUGCUCAGAUGGAUAUGUUUGUAUGAUUAAUAGUUAUAAGCGUCCAAACAGGUUGAGGCAUGGAGUUCUCUAUCAUCUCAUAUGGAAUGAAGAGACCGAUACAUUGCGUUAUGUCGACGGUCAGAAAAUAACUGUAAAAGAAACAUUACGACCACAGUGGUCUUAUGUGCUUGAUCCGAUCGUAUCCAUACAAAAGGCUGCUUGGAAUUGUAAUAAAGAAGGUUCAAACUGGGUUGCUUCUGGAGGUUCUUCAGGCCUCUGUAGAAUUGAGUUUGUUUGGUACGAUAAAUAG